AUGGAGGCAAGGAACACUUAUGGCAUCGGCGUUUCCAAAGCUCAAGGUGUGGUGAAAGGCCUGACUGGAGCAAUUGGAAACACUCCCCUGAUCCGCUUAAACCGCCUCUCCGAACAGACCGGCUGCAACAUCCUUGGAAAGGCCGAAUUCCAAAAUCCUGGGGGCAGUGUGAAGGACCGAGCUGCGCUAUUCGUUGUCAAAGAUGCCGAGGAGCGAGGUUUACUUAAACCAGGCGGCACUGUCGUUGAGGGAACUGCAGGAAACACCGGAAUCGGUCUGGCGCAUGUCUGCCGAUCGAAGGGAUACAAGCUUGUUAUCUACAUGCCUAAUACUCAAUCGCAAGGCAAAAUCGACUUGUUAAGGCUGCUCGGUGCGGAGGUAUACCCAGUCCCCGCUGUUGCCUUUGACAAUCCAGAGAACUACAACCACCAAGCCCGAAGACAUGCCGAAUCCCUGGACAACGCAGUCUGGACGAACCAGUUCGACAACAUAGCCAAUCGAAGAGCACAUAUUGAAACCACUGGUCCUGAAAUCUGGGCCCAAACGGAAGGGAAGGUUGACGCUUUCACAUGUGCGACUGGAACUGGUGGCACGUUGGCGGGAGUGACCAGAUAUCUCAAGACUGUGAGUAAUGGCAAGGUGAAAUCUUUCCUUGCCGAUCCUCCAGGAAGUGUGCUGUAUAGCUACAUCUCUAGCGGAGGAAACCUCAUAGAGCGCACUGGAAGCAGCAUCACAGAAGGAAUUGGCCAGGGCCGUGUUACGGACAAUCUACAGCCUGAUAUCGAUCUCAUAGAUGGGGCGCUUACCAUCAGCGACGAGAAGAGCAUUGAAAUGGUGUACCGAUGUCUCGACGAGGAAGGUCUGUAUCUCGGCGCCAGCUCUGCCCUAAACGUUGUUGCUGCGAAAGAGGUGGCGGAGAAGCUCGGAGAGGGUCACACCGUCGUUACGAUGCUCUGCGAUGGUGCCUAUAGAUACGCGGAUCGGCUGUUUUCUGAUAAGUGGUUGAAGACCAAGAACCUUAGAGGCGCGAUACCCCAGCAUCUCGAGAAAUAUAUUGUGCUGCCAUAA